CCACAUACAGGGACCCGUGGACGGGACCAAGGCUGGCUGAACAUACAGCCAUUGAGUGCAAGGACCCAUGCAGGCUUCCAGGCAUGGAAUGGAMGGGAGAGAAUCCUGCGGGACUCUGCACACCCGAAGGGACAGCAAUAGCAGGUCCAGCAGGCCAGGAGUGGGUCCAAACCAUUCACAUAUGAAAAAGGGAAGGGCAGGGGCAUUUUGAGGGGCUCCUACAAUCCUGAGCUGCCAUGGAGCUGGUUCCCACUGCCCCACUCUGUGGAGCACAGCCUGGGCACCCCCAAUAACCUGGACUCAGGGCUGGAGUUCUCUGGGCAGUGACUGGUGGCCAUGUACCACUGAGGUCCAAGUUCAGAAGAGUAGAACAGUCACAAGCUGGGGAAGAGCUGUGCUGGUGGGGAAACUGUGGGUGUCCACACCAGGGACCCCGAGUUAGCACAAGUGGUCCCUGCAUCCCCUCAGAUCGAUCCCCCAGACUUUCUGGUCAUUCUUCCUGGCUCUCCCUCUGCCUUUCCGCCUUGCCUUCCCACUGAUGGGCACAAGCACUGGGCGUUCAGCCAAACCCAGGGCCCUGAAAGGGAUGGCUGCCAGUGCCUCCUGCCUGGGCAUCUUGCAGCCCCAACUUUAUGAGAGCCAGCCGGGGCAGCCCAUGGACCCUCCCAUCUCAGCUCCCUGCCCCUGUUAACAAAUCCUUGCCGGUUCAAAAUGAGCCUGAAGGUGGAAUGGGGUGCCUGGGGCCCCGCGUCUCAGGCUGGUACCUGCUCUGCAGCUUGAGCCCGCAGUCCGCCGCUGGCCAGAGCUCUGGUCCCUGGACUGGGCUUUCCGACCGACAGGGAGCGAACGUUUCUAAAGGUGCCUGAAAGAAAGCGGGCAAGAACCUUUUGUUCCCGGGUGUAGACAGAGGCCAGGAGCAGGCCCGCGGAAGGGCUUCGGUCCUCAAGGUACGGCCAGGUCCAGGGGCGGGCCCGGGGAGGGGCCUCGGUCCCCAAGGCUCAGCGGCCGCAGUAGGGGAGGGGGCGGGGAGCGACGCUCGGGUCGGUCCAGGCAGGUCCAAGACGUCGCAGCGACCAAGGCCAGGCGCCGGCGGCAGUCCCCUGUGGCCGGAGCUUCUGUCUGUCCGGGAGACUUCGGGAGGUGUGUCGCCCCCAGUCCUCACCCGGGUCGAGUGUGGGCCUGGGCAGCAUGGUGCCCUCUGGCCAGGUGGCGGAGAAGGAGGUGUCCGAGGAGCCUGGACCCGGCCCUGAGCCCCACUCCUGGCGAUGCCUGGUGUUCUACCUCUGCUUCUACGGCUUCAUGGCCCAGAUGCGGCCCGGGGAGAGCUUCAUCACACCCUACCUCCUGGGGCCCUACAAGAACUUCACCCGGGAGCAGGUGACCAAUGAGGUCAUUCCGGUGCUGUCCUACUCCUACCUGGUGGUGCUGGUCCCGGUCUUCUUGCUCACCGACUACCUGCGCUACAAGCCCGUGCUGCUGCUGCAGGGCCUGAGCUACGUGUGCGUGUGGCUGCUGCUGCUGCUGGGCCACUCUGUGCUGCACAUGCAGCUCAUGGAGGUCUGCUACAGCAUCACCAUGGCCGCCCGCAUCGCCUACUCCUCCUACAUCUUCUCCCUGGUGCGCCCUGCCCGCUACCAGCGCAUGGCCAGCUACUCGAGGACCGCGGUGCUGCUGGGCGUCUUCACCAGCUCUGUGCUGGGCCAGCUGCUGGUCUCCGUGGGCCAGAUGUCCUUCUCCAUGCUCAACUACAUCUCCCUGGCCUUCCUCACCUUCAGCCUGGUCCUCGCCCUCUUCCUGAGGCGUCCCAAGCGCAGCCUCUUCUUCAACCGCAGUGCACCUGCACGUGGAGCCUCACCCAGCGAGCUGGACCAGAUGCACCCGGCCCCUGACCAGCCUGUGCGCGGGAAGCUGGGGCGUGCUCUGGGUGCCUGCAGGGACUCCUUCUUGGCGCAUAUGCUGUGGGACCUGGUGGGCAGUGUGCGGCGGCCACAGCUGCGCCUCUGGUCCCUUUGGUGGGUCUUCAACUCUGCUGGCUACUACCUGAUAGUCUACUACGUACACGUCCUGUGGAACAAGGUGCUCAUCACCCCCAGCAGCACGCAGGUCUACAACGGCGCCGCAGACGCUGCCUCCACACUCCUGGGUGCCAUCACAUCCUUUGCCGCGGGCUUUGUGAAUAUCCGCUGGGCUCUGUGGUCGAAGGUGGUCAUUGCGAGCAUCCUGGCCGUGCAGGCCGGGCUGGUCUUUCUCAUGACCAGCACCAAGGACAUCUGGCUCUGCUACGCAGCUUACGUGCUCUUCCGCGGCGCCUACCAGUUCCUUGUGCCCAUCGCCACUUUUCAGAUUGCAUCCUCUCUGUCCAAAGAGCUCUGUGCCCUGGUCUUCGGAGUGAACACGUUCCUCGCCACCAUUCUCAAGACCACCAUCACACUCAUCGUGUCUGACAAGCGGGGCCUGGGCCUCUCAGUGCACUGCCAGUUCCUCAUCUACUGUGUGUACUUCCUGGUGCUGUCUGUCAUCUUCUUCUUGGGAGCCGGGCUGGACGGUCUGCGGCACUGCCAGCGGGACCGCCACCAGCCCCUGCCCCUGGCACAGGAGCUGAGAAGCCCCUUGGAGGAGAAGCCUGGGCGGCUGCYGAGUGUGGAACAGGGCCUGGGCGGCCUUCAUCCCUCGGCCCCACCACUGCCCCUGGAGGACUGCGCAGAAGAUGGCCCUGGGACCCUGGGGCCUGUGGCCAAGGCCUGACACGGCCUGACCUCUCCAGCAGGUUCCACACUGCCCUGACAGCCCGCGACAGGCCCCAGCACCGUAGACUCCCACAGCGGGGGCGGGCCUCGUGUGGGUGCCCCCUGGCAGUGCCUGGCGGGGGGUGCCUCCUCGGGCCUUAGCACUGGCGGCCUCGGACCCCCACCCCUCAGCCCUGCCGCACUCUGGUGGUAGCCAGAGUGUGCCAGGGACACUCAGGGCACACACCUCGGGCGACUGUGGACUGGGCUGGGCUUGCUGGUUGAGGGGCCCGUGGUGGGGUCCCCGGGGUCUUCCAGGCCUCCCUGCCUGCACCCCCUGGGGAGGCUAGAGGCAGAUGCUGUGUCCCCAGGGGCUGGCAUGGUGGCCCCACGGGCCUGGGGCUCUCAUUUACUGUGACACUUCCCGACAUCCUAGGUGCUUGCAUUUUGGACGAUGCUGUUUUUAUAUCUGUGUAAAAUGAGGAGCCGUUUGGCUUCUCCAUCGUGUGCGAGAAGCUGGUCUCAGGGGUGUGACAGAAAACCCAUCAGAUGGAGUGGUGGCUUGGGGCCCUCAGAGCCAGUCCUUCCCACCAAGGCUUCAGCCCAGGGUCUUUAGUUCUUCCCUCUGUUCCCGGAGUGACCUGAGAUAAGGGCGGCUUGGAGCUGGUCAGACGCUUUGGACAGCCAGAGAGGACUAUGGACAGGCCACCUGGAUGUGAGCUGGGCUUGUGGGGAGCAGCAGGGCCUUCCCAAGAGGUCUGCCUCCCUGGGGAGGUCCGCGGGCCAGUGGCCUCUGGGUCCGAGCCGGUUGUGUGACCCUCUGUGACAGGAGGGUCUUUUGUGAACACUUUACCCAAAUAA